AUGUUUGCGGUUCAGGGGGAUCCGGGUCCUUUCCAGGUGUACCAAGAAGGGUCGCCACAGAUGAGCAUCUUGGUGAAUUCAGAUUUCGGAGCCUCAGGUGUCCCAAACUACUUCAGUUCCGACCCGAAGCCGGACAACUGCACCGUGAUCCUGACCCACCGGAGAAAACGGACGAACUUCACCCGGCAGCAAAUCGAGCUGCUGGAGAACGUUUUCUCCGACACCAAAUAUCCGGACAUCUACCUGCGGGAGAAGCUGGAGGCUCUGACUGGGCUGCCAGAGUCCAGAAUUCAGGUGUGGUUUCAGAACAGAAGGGCCAAGUAUCGUCGCCAAAUUGGCUCCUCAGUAUCCACAAAGGUGUCCAACACACCAGCUGGAGAUCCAUUCACCCAUCUUGAAGGUAGAUGGACUCCAGAGAAAGUUUCCGACACGGCAGAGGUCCAUUGGAUAGGUGCUUUCAACGAAGACAGUUUGAGGUCUGCGAUGCACCAAGCCACAGAGAGCGACACACCAUGGACCGGGUUUCUCAACAAACCCAGCAGCUUUGACCGGUCACCACCUUCCUGCUUCUAUGACAAAAAAAACCCCGAAGCGAUGGCGGCAGUGAGGACACGAACGAACAAGGCUGGCCUGAUGAGCACGAGCUGUGACUUCCACAUUUGUUCUAACAAAAGCGAGCAUCGUAUCAAGAUGGAAGCCGACAUGUCCGGUGACCAGGCCCCGAAUUUUCUGAUGGGGUAUGAGAAUUUCCCACCGAAUAAAACCAUAGGUCCGGAGAUGAAAGUUGUGAUUCCACGCAUUACAACCCAAAGUAACUUCAAAAAUAAAGGGUACCAGAUGCAGUAUCCACAGCUGAGGGCCACAGAUGGGUUUGGCCACUUUUCUCUGAUCCAAACCACUGAAACCCACGAUGUCACCGAUUCUGACUCUGAGUGGGAAAACAAGGCUAUAGCUGACUUUGGUGGCUUUAUGUAA